AGGGCAGCGGGCGGGGCACCGAUGGGCGAGCGAGCCCGGGCGGUUGCGCUGCGGCCCGGCCGGCUUCCUCAGCGGAGCCCCGCUGCUGCUGGGCGCCAUGAGCGGACGGCAGAGAACGCUCUUCCAGACGUGGGGCUCGAGCCUCUUGCGAGGCGCCGGCGCUCCGGGCUGCGGCCGGGCGCCCUCGCCUGCAGUGGCGGAGGCGCUGCCGGAGGAGGAGGACGACGACGAGGCGCUGCUGCUGGCGGCGUGUGAGGCGGAGCGGAGGCUCGAUCCCGCGGACGCCGGCUUCUGCGCGGCCGCGGGCGCCCUGUGGAUCUACCCCACCAACUGCCCGGUGCGCGACUACCAGCUGCACAUCUCCAGGACCGCGCUGUUCUGCAACACCCUGGUGUGCCUGCCCACCGGCCUGGGGAAGACCUUUAUUGCCGCCGUGGUCAUGUAUAAUUUCUACCGCUGGUUCCCUUCCGGCAAGGUGGUCUUCAUGGCACCUACGAAACCCCUGGUGACGCAGCAGAUGGAAGCCUGCUUUCACGUGAUGGGCAUUCCGCAGUCCGACAUGGCUGAAAUGACAGGUUCAACUCAAGCCCUCAACAGGAAGGAGAUAUGGUGCAGCAAGAGGGUCCUUUUUCUUACACCUCAGGUCAUGGUGAAUGACCUGACUAGAGGGGCUUGUCCUGCUGCCCAUGUAAAGUGUCUCGUGAUUGACGAAGCUCAUAAGGCUCUUGGGAACUACGCCUACUGCCAGGUUGUAAGGGAACUGGUCAAAUACACAAAUCACUUUCGAGUCUUGGCUCUUAGUGCUACACCAGGUAGUGAUAUCCAGGCUGUGCAGCAGGUGAUUACUAACCUGCUGAUUGGGAAGAUAGAGCUUCGUUCUGAGGAUUCUCCGGAUAUUUUGCCUUAUUCUCAUGAAAGACGAGUUGAGAAGCUUGUUGUUCCCCUUGGGGAAGAACUUGGAGCCAUCCAAAAGACGUACAUCCAGAUUUUGGAAGCAUUUGCCAGUUCUUUGAUUCAUAGAAAUGUUUUGAUGAAAAGAGAUAUUCCCAAUCUAACAAAAUACCAGAUAAUUUUGGCAAGAGAUCAAUUUAGGAAAAACCCAUCCCCAAAUUUUGUGGGAAUUCAGCAAGGCAUAAUUGAGGGAGAGUUUGCUAUCUGUAUUAGUUUAUAUCAUGGUUAUGAGUUACUGCAGCAAAUGGGAAUGCGAUCAUUAUAUUUCUUCCUUUCUGGAAUCAUGGAUGGAACCAAAGGAAUGACACGGGCAAAAAACGAGCUCAGCCGAAAUGAGGACUUCAUGAAGCUCUACACUCACCUGGAGAAUGUGUUUGCUCAUGUGCGAGAUCCCUCAGCAGCUAGCAAUGCUGAGACUUUGCAGAAAGGAAAUAAAGAAAAAAAAUUCUUCUAUAGUCAUCCAAAGUUAAAGAAACUAGAAGAAGUUAUAAUUGAACACUUCAGGUCAUGGAAUGCUAAAAAGACCACUGAAAACGAACACCACGAGACCAGAGUUAUGAUCUUCUCAUCAUUUCGAGAUAGUGUUGAGGAAAUUGCAGAAAUGCUCUUACAGCAUCAACCCAUUAUUAGAGUGAUGACGUUUGUUGGCCAUGCUUCAGGGAAAAACACAAAAGGUUUUACACAGAAGGAACAACUAGAGGUGGUAAGACAGUUCCGUGACGGUGGCUAUAACACGCUGGUUUCCACCUGUGUUGGAGAAGAAGGCUUGGACAUAGGGGAAGUCGAUCUUAUAAUAUGCUUCGAUGCCCAGAAGAGCCCGAUUCGCCUCAUACAGCGCAUGGGUAGGACUGGCCGCAGACGGCAAGGCAGGAUUGUCGUUAUCCUGGCUCAGGGACGGGAAGAGCGUACAUAUAAUCAGAGUCAGUCAAACAAAAGAAAUAUUUAUAAAGCAAUUUCAGGCAACAGACAGGUGCUUCGUUUUUACCAAGGAAGUCCACGAAUGAUUCCUGAUGAAAUCAAUCCCAAAUUACACAAGAUGUUCAUCACACAUGGCGUCUAUGAAAGCGAGAAGUCCCGGAAUAUACAGCAGAAGUUGUUUUCCUCAAGGGGUGGAAUGAAGGCUAGAAAUUCAAAUAAAGAUGGACUCCUAUCAGAAGAGGAAUUUAACCUAUGGAACAGACUCUAUAGGUUAGGAGACAGUGACACCGUUAAAGGAGUGGUGUUGCCUCAGUCUCGCUUCCUGUCUUUACAGGAGGGUGCAGCGACUCAAGAAGCAGCUACUGGGAUUCAUCAGCUCUCUCUCUCUGAAUGGAGUUUGUGGCAAGAUCACCCACUUUCCACCUACCAAGUGGACCACUCAGACCGGUGCCGCCAUUUUAUAAGCAUUAUGCAAAUGAUAGAAGGAAUGAAGCACGAAGAGGAUGAAUGCAGCUAUGAAUUGAAAAUUAAACCUUUUCUACAAAUGCAGGACGUCAUCCCAACAUAUACUCCAAGGGAUGGAUAUAAUAAUCCAGUCAGUGGCACCAGGAUCACUCACGAGAAAUCUUCAUUUAGACAGAGUAUCAGUGAAGGAAGUUCCUCCUCGGUACUGGAGUCUGGUGAAGGGUGUGCUGAGAUUGCUAAACAGACGGAUUCAGAAUGCACUGAAAUUACUUCUCCAAGGGAAGAAGCUUCUGGAGCAAUGGGAAAAGACCAGACUAGUGAGCAAAACGACGAUGGUGUCGAAUCUUUAGACACUGACAGAGACUGCCCUGCAGAAGCAGCCUCUGGGCUCGCCCCACCCAAGGGUGAAAGGAGGUUGGAGGCGGGCGUAGAUGGAAUCACCGUCAUGGGUACUGAAGAUGAUGGCCCUGCAGCAGCAGUACUAACUCAUUGUCAGGUUACGAAUAAAUCACUUGCCAGAUACUCAUUAGAUUCUGGUUAUAGUAGUUUCAGCGAUGAGAAAUCCAUUUUACCAAAUUUAUUUCUUCCAUUGGAAGAAGACCUGUACACAGAUGGAGCGGCUGAAGAGAUUUAUAAUUGUCGUCCCAUGACAGGAGAGGUACUAGCUAAUGUGGAGAGAUUUUUGUCCCAUUCUCCCCCAUCUCUCAGCGAACUCUCAGACUUGGAGUAUGAAGUUACUCAGGGUUUUGAACUUGACCAUGCGACCUGCUCACCCUACUCAGAGCAAGAAGACAGUCAUAAACCCGCUUCGCUGAUGUCACACUCGUCUGUGAAUUCUCCACAAAAUUUAGAAUUGAAUUCAGCUAAACAUACUGGUCGGCCUUCUGAAAACUAUUGUCUCUUUGGUACAACUGAUGAAGAGAUUUCUGAUCAGCCCCCUUUCUUUGAGUCUGAUAAUAAGGCCCAUAAUAAUACUAAAAAUAAAAAUUUAGCAUCUGAAAGCUAUGGUCAAAUACAAGUAAACCAUGAAAAUAAUUUAGUUGGCAAAAAUAGCCAUGAUGACAGUGACCCUCCAGUACUGUUCUCUGAUGAGGAUGAGAGUUUACUGUUAUUUGAAGAUGGUAUUGAGGAGUUAAAUGGUGGGGGCCCUCCUCUCUUGAACAGUAAUAGUCAGCCCCUCAGUGUGUCAGAGAAGACUCUCACAACUGAACUGCCUCCAGUGUCUCACUUCAUCAUUUCUGAUGAACUUUUGUCAGAUGGUGAUUCUGAACCUGAACAUCAAAUCACCUGUGAUGCCAAGAGUUGGCAGUCUCACGAAGGCUUGAGCGAUAAGCAUGAAGAGCUAAACAGCGAAGGACACACUUUCGACUGCUCUGGGGAUUUAUUUUCUGUUACCUUCGACUUGGGGUUUUGUAGUUCAGAUUCUGAGGACGAGAGGAGUAGCACACGGGGAGCAGCUGGUCUGCCCGGAAGGCACUCAGGCCCCCAGGUUAAGGAUGCCUCUGAUGCUUCAGACGCCCCCGGUGCAGCCAGAUCACCAAGCCCAACUGGAGAAGCGCAGUCUUCCCGUUCCGCAGAGAAUAAGGAGCCUACGUCUUACCGCCUUGCCCCGUGCUUGCCCGUGAAGGACAGAGUUAUGAGUACGCCGCUUUCCAAAUCAAACAUGUUGAACCCACAUUCUAAGACACGGGCAGACAUGCUUAAGACACCAGAUUCCACCAAGGAAAAAGCACACGUGCAGGGUUUCAAAGUGACACUGAAUCCAAGAUUUGACGAUUUAGAAGAGACCAAAAGCAGUGAUCAGAUCUUUCUGCGGCAGUCCCCUCAACGCACUCCAGUUGAACAUGUAACUAGUGAAAGUGAAGAUGAUGUUUUCCUGAGAAAAACUAAAAAACCAAAAGGAAAUGUCCUGAAGUCCCCUGAGGAUCAGAAAAACAGUGAAGUUGAUUCACCUAUUCAUGCUGUUAAAAAGUCCAGGGUUCUUAGGCCAGAAUUUUCAUCUAGUGAUGAGAGUGAAGAUUUUCAAAGACCAUGUCCACGAUUGAAAGAUUUCAAGGAUUGUAACAGUAACAGAAAAGUCCAAAAGAAACGAAAUCAUGUAAAGACGAUAGCUUGGAAGUUUUUAGAUGAUGAAGCAGAAGUUUCUGAAGAGGAUGCAGCCUGCGUCUCAUCAGAUGAGGAUGAGGGGUCCGAGAACGAGCAGGAUUCCUCACUACUCGACUUCCUAAAUGACCAGACCCAGCUUUCACAGGCUGUAAAUGAUUCUGAAAUGAGAGCUAUUUACAUGAAAUCUGUACGCAGUCCAUUGAUGAAUAAUAAGUAUAAAAUGGUCCGUGAGAAACAUAACAACAUGAACAUUUUUUCACAGAUUCCUGAGCAAGAUGAAAACUAUUUAGAGGACAGUUUUUGCGUUGAUGAAGAGGAGUCUUGCAAAAGUCAAUCAAGUGAAGAAGAAAUUUGUGUUGAUUUCAACUUAACUAAAGAUUCCUUUACAGAUGAGAACAGAAGGUACAAAACCCGGUAUGCAGUAAAGCUCAAACAAAUGAGCACGAAAGAAAACUGUGCACAGCCAAAGAGGAAAUUAGCUAGAAUCAUCCUUCCAGACAGUGAUUCAAGUGAGGAGGACAACAUUGUGAAUGACAGAGAAGGCUCUGGUCCUGAUGGCAGGCCUACUGACAAGCACAAACAGCCGGGCCGGCAUUGCAGUUUAGGGCCUUCUGGGUCUUCACUGCAGCCCAAGGUCCUUUCCAGUCCAACAGUGAGCCAGUCACCCAAGCCGGGACGGCAGGGGGUACCGGACGUGAUGGGUACCACUCCUGAAGUGUUGGACCUCAAGGCUCAGAGCCAUAGUAGAAUCAAAUCUACUUCCCCGCCAUCUGCUAGUGUUGAGUCAAGGAAGGAGUGUGGGGAGCAUCCAAUUCAGUUGAAGGUUGAUGACCGUGAGGACAGUGGCGUCCAGGCAGCACCCUCUUCUCACUCACUGCUGCCUGCGUCUGAGGGCCACCCAGCCCCUACACGUCCACAGGAAGGCAGUAGAGCUUGCGUCCUUGUAGACAGUCGUGAAAUCGCCUCCGGUUUAGGAGUCAUUUCUGCGCUGAGAACAGUUCACGGGUUACAAGUAGAGGUUUGUCCUCUCAACGGCUGUGAUUAUAUCGUUAGUAGCCGCAUGGUUGUGGAAAGGAAGUCUCAGUCUGAAAUGUUGAAUAACAGCAGCAAGAACAAGUUCAUCGAGCAGAUCCAGCGCCUGCAGAGCAUGUUUCAGAGAAUAUGUGUCAUCGUGGAAAAAGACAGACAAAAAGCAGGAGACACAUCAAGAAUGUUUAGAAGAACGAAGUGCUAUGACAGUCUUCUGACCACCUUAGUUGGCGCUGGAAUCCGAAUCCUCUUCAGCUCUGGACAAGAAGAAACUGCAGAUUUACUAAAGGAGCUAUCAUUGGUGGAACAAAGAAAGAAUGGUGGUAUUCAUAUUCCUGCAGUGCUAAAUACUAGUAAAUGUGAAGCGCUUCAGUUCUACUUAAGUAUUCCCAGUGUAAGUUACAUAACUGCCUUAAAUAUGUGUCACCAGUUCUCAUCAGUGAAAAAGAUGGCUAACAGUUCACCUAAAGAAAUCUCUACAUGUGCACAAGUAACUCAUCAAAAGGCUGAGGAGAUCUAUAGAUAUAUUCAUUAUAUAUUUGACAUGCAAAUGUUACCAAGUGAUCUUAACCAGGAUAGAAUGAAAUCGGAUACAUGCUCAGCAGUCAAAAAAUGACUAUGAAAGAACUCUCACAUUAAAUGUACUUCAAGAAUCAUUGUACUUUUGUGAUUAUCAGUGUAAAAUAUGUGAAUAUUUCAUCUCUUAAAGAUAUCUUUAUAUUGUAUGUUUUUAUUUAUAGACUAUAUAAUUUAUUGUUUUUAAAAGGAAGUCUUUGAUGUUCCAUAAUCAUUUUGAUUAGACUGUGAAACAAAAUUUUCCUGAAUAAAAAGGCUGUGCAAAGUA